GUAGCGGGUGAAGCUCGCGCAGGCGCAGUGUGAACGGCAACAUGGCCUCCAGGGCCAAGAGGAGAGCGGUGGGGCCCGGGGUCCCGCAGCCGCAGGGCGCCCACGUCCGCUGUGACGAGGAGGAAGAGGAAGGUGAAAUGGAGGAGGAGGACGAAGACAGUGAAGACAGUGACGAAGAAGAGGACGGAGAUGACGAAAUCGUUGACGAGGGUACCCAGUGUGCUGAACAAAUUAAAGAGUUGAUUCUAAGCUGCUGCGAGAAGAACUGUGAAAAGAGCAUGGUUGAACAGCUGGACAAGCUCUUAAAUGACACCACCAAGCCUGUGGGCUUUCUGCUAAGUGAAAGAUUCAUUAAUGUCCCUCCACAGAUCGCUCUGCCCAUGCACCAGCAACUUCAGAAAGAGCUAGCAGAGGCACAUAAAACUAAUAAGCCAUGUGGAAAGUGCUACUUCUAUCUUUUCGUUAGUAAGACAUUUGUGGAAGUAGGAAAAACCAAUUCUAAAAAGAAAUGGAACAACCAAAAGAAGGAUGAGUUAAUGUUUGCAAAUGCAGAGGAAGAAUUUUUCUAUGAGAAGGCAGUCCUGAAGUUCAACUACCCAGUGCAAGAGGAGGGUGACACUUGUCUGGGAGGUAGAUGGUCGUUUGAUGAUGUACCAAUGAAGCCCUUGCGAACUGUGAUGUUAAUUCCACAUGACAAGAUGAAUGAAAUCAUGGAUAAACUGAAAGAACAUCUGUCGGUAUAGCCCAUUUCCCAUGGACAGUGAUGGGCUUGUUUUUGUAAUGUUAUCAGAAAACCCAGUGGAGAUUUACUGGAAAACUCAUGACUUUAUUCAGAUUAAAGUCCUCUACAAAAAGUAGGGUUCUGUUCCAUGUGUCUGUGACACAUUUACAAAAUACCUUUAAAAAAAAAUUUUUGGACAAAUUAAGACUAGUUGAUUAAAAAUGUCCAAUAAGACAAAAAAUGGAGUAGGAAUUUAAAGAACUCAAUAAAAACUCCUCUAUUUUU